AUGCCGUCCUGGGUUAUUGUUGGCGCAACGCGGGGAAUUGGUUUUGAAUACGUGAAUCAGCUGUCCUCUGAUUCGCAGAAUGAAGUCUUUGCUUUAAUUAGGAGCCAAAAGACUGCUGGACCGCUAAAUGAGUUGGCUGUCUCUCGAAAGAAUAUCCGCGUCAUUGAAACGAACAUAGCCAAUCCUGCAAAGCUCAAGGAGACUGCAGAACAAAUUGGCAAUAUCACUGGUGGAAAGUUGGACGUACUGGUAUACAAUGCUUUUUUCCAUGGAGACUCGGGAGAACUUACUCCAAGCGCGUUCACGGGAAGAGAAGAAGAGUUGGAACCCCAUUUCUUUGAACCACUGAAAGUGAAUGCACUGCACGUCAUACACACCGUCAACGCCCUUCUCCCUCUGAUCAAGCAGGGAGUAGAGAAAAAGAUCAUAUACAUCUCUUCCGCUAGUGGGGAUCUUGAGGUGACCCGAAUCAUCGAAUUGCCUGCUGUAAUAGGCUACUCCGUAAGCAAGGCUGCAGGGACAAUGAUUAUGACCAAGUACGCCUCAGAGCUAAAAGAGGACGGCAUCGUGACUUUGUCAAUCUCACCGGGAUGGGUUGACACAGAUGCAUCUAAAGCUGCCUUAACCUCCCCUGAGGCAUUCACAGCAAUGGUUUCUACUUUGAGGAAGCUUGACCCAAAUGUUAAGGGGAUGAUUUCACCAAAGGAAUCGGUGGAAUCCAUGCUUUCCGUUAUCAAGAGUCUUGAUAAGAAUAACAGCGGCAAAUUCCUGUCUCAUAAAGGCAACCUUGAUUGGUUCUAA